AUGACUUUUUCAGACGAAGAUAUUUUGGAUUUAGCGGGGAAAUGGUUCAUGAUAGGUUUUAAUGCAUUGUUAGGUGCAAUAAUUGCAAAAAUAAUAAUUGCUGUAGUGCUUGAAGUAAUUGGAUGCUUGAAGAAAGCAGGAAUAGCCUUUCAUGCAUAUGCCCCGAUCAAUACCACGGAUCAGGAAUCGCUUCUGGGAGAUAUUGCAAUUCCUCCUAGGAGCGAAAGCUUUGUGGUGGCUAUACCACCUGAUGACCAAAGAGCUCAGGGCCCUCGGGUCCAUGGAACUACCAUGGAGAUAUUUCGCAGCACAAUUGCCAAAGGAAAACCCAAAAGGUUUUCACGUCGGCAACUUGAAGAAUUCACUCAAAACUUCACCACUGAAUUGGGUUCUGGUGCUUUUGGAGAAGUGUUUAAAGGAGAGUUCCCAGAUGGAGUGCAAUUUGCUGUCAAAAAGCUUAAUAACAACCCGGAUAGCAGAAUUGAAGAACAGUUCAUGGCCGAAUACGAGCCAGAAUUAAGACCAACGAUGAGCACUGUGGUGACGAUGUUGGAAGGAGGAAUGGAAAUCACUCCACCUCCAUAUCCAAAAUUUCAGUAUUUGGAAUCUUUUUUUGAACGAAAUGGAUCGGUCAGCGGAGGCAAUGAAAUCUCAGAUCCUCUACCAUCAGCAACGAGAACUUCUGACCAUCCAGUUCCAACACUGUGGGAUAGUGGCAGCUCAAUUUUUUCAAGUAGUAUGUCGUCGUGUUUUUUUAUAGCAUUAUCUCAUAGCUUCCCAUGUGAUGGUUUGGGUCGAAAGGUUGUUUGGGAAAUCUUAUGA